GCAAUUAAGACUGGGGUCAAAGAUACAGUGCCGAUACAGUGGCGCAGGGCUAGAGCUGCGCUGCUAUCGCUAGCGACCGGUUCGGAAACUGGCCACUCGUCAUAGCCAACUCAAGAUUCGCUCAUGCCGUACCGAGCUGGAUGCAGUUUUCCCUCUCAAGAUGAAGAUAUAUUCUGCAUGAGUGAGCCUAACAGAGUAAAAGCCUGUCUAUCUUGAGGACACAACACCCCCACCCAAACCAGCCAGAGCCAAUACCUUACAGACAGUCCCAGCGGCAGCAGCGAUGGGGGGAGGUACCAGCAAGAACAAGACCCAGGGUGAUCAAGCAGGACUGAACCUGAACAAGGAUGAGAGACGCUUCCUACAGAGAUGUCUUUACAGCCUCCCGUUCCCUCCAGGAACCAUCAAUGCUGAGAUGGUAGCUGCUGCUGCUAGAAUGGUGGAGAGAUUAGAGUACCAUGACCCUAUCAAUAUCUUGACAAAAGGUGGUCGAGCCAAGGGCAUCUACAUCCUGGUCAAAGGUCAAGUAAAAGUCCUAUCAGUAAGCAAUGAACCUGUAGCCAUUCUCUCUCCUGGUGAGUUCUUUGGAGAGAUAUCAACCCUCUUCUAUGUUCCUGUCACUGCGACUGCUCAAUCAUCAGCUCAAGCUCAGUUCCUCUUACUGAAAGAAGAGAACCUUCGGAAGGCAACCGGUGAGGUGGUAUCAACAGACCUGAUGGACUACUACGUCAGACAACGUUACUUUGAUACCAGCGGAAAGCUAGACCAGGCACAACUCAUGAACAGGAUCUGUCUAACCACGCUGGAAAGGAUACCACUGUUUAGCAAAUGGAAGGGCGAUGCAUGUUCAUCACUAGUCAAACAAUGCAAGGAUGAUAUUGGUAUUCCGUAUCCAGUCUUACUCAUCCCAGAUAUGACAAUGAUGGUCAUGGAGGAAGAUAAAUCAGAAGAGAUUGUCAUCGUCACAAGAGGAAAAGUGGAGGUCAGAAGAGAAAAAGAAUCCAUCACAGUCAUUGAUGUUGAAAGGUGGCCAUUUUGGAUUGGAGAAGAAGGUCUCUUCGCCAAUAUUGACAACACAUGCUCUGUCCGUGCUGUAGGCCCUUGCCAAGCCAUCAGGAUUAAGAAAUCUACCAUUCAAAAUAUCACCAAUAAAUUCAAGGUCGAAGCAGGACAUGACUUUGAGAAGCGAGCCAAGGUUUGGGAAACAAGAACAAACCAACACAAUCGGUUAUCUGACAGAAUGAAAGCUGAAAUACUCCUACCUGUGCUCAUCAAUACCUUAUCAAGAUCAGAGAUGUUUUCAAGGGCUUCACUGGUUUUUGUCUAUAAUCUGGCCAUGUUUUUCAGCGCUGAAGCAUAUGAUGAUAAAGCUGUUAUCAUCAAUGGUUCUGGGAACCCAGCCAAGAUGAAGAAGGCUCUCCAAGCCAAGAAAGCUGAGCAGAUAAACAAACAGAAUCAGAAGAAUGCCAUCCAAGGAUCAUCAGCAUACAAAUCUAUACAGGGAACCACUGCUUCAAAUUUCAUCUCCGAGAAUGAUGUGUUCCUGAUGCCACUAAAAGGAGAAAUGUUUAUUCCUGGUGUGGACAAUUUCACCUUUGAGGAAAAGAGUAUUAUUUAUCUUCCUGAAGCACAACUCAAAGAGAUCAAACUCACUGCACAAGGAGAUACGCUAGUUCUUACCAUAGAGGGCAGCAGACUACUCAGCUUAUGCAACUCGUAUCCCGACAUACAGGUCAACAUACCCAGGCCUGUUUUAUGAUUAUUAACUUCUCUUUUUAUAAUUUCAAUCAGCGAAAUAUAUUUAAUGAAAAUAACUGGAUUUAUAUAG